AUGUGUUCAGGACUUCAGGUAAUAGCAUUAGCAAAGGUUAGAGUUGUGCAGACCUUGAAGGAUCAAGGAGACAAGCAGGCAGCAGCCGUGACCGAGAGCGAGGAGCAGCAGAUUCAGAGGACAAGUCACGACUCACAAGACCCAGGAGCCCAGGACCGAGACCAGCAGGCAGCAGCAACGACGGCCAGACAGAGGUCUUGGUUGUUUGUUGUGAUGGUUGAUGUGAUGACUGAUGUGAUUGAGAAGGCAGUUUCUAACAAAAUACAAACAACUGUUAAGAAGCAGCUCAUAAAUAGGUUUAAAGAGAGUAUUAUUGAGGGUCAAACAUACUGGAUGUCAUAUUUUAGUGUUGUUCCAAACCAAGGCAAUUAUAGGGCAGCAGAACAUGAGUUUAAGUUGGCUUUUCUUAAUCGUACAACUGUUAUUCCUGUCUCUGACGAUGAUAUCCCAAAUACAUGUUUCGAUUUCUGUCCCUUUGAUGAGCUCUUGAAAAUGACUGAAGAUUACAUUUACUUAGUUGAUGUUAUUGGUUUGCUGACUUUUGUUGGUGAAGAGAAAGAGUAUGUGAAAGAUGCGAAAGUGAUGAAGAUGAUCAUUCUUGAGUUAUCUUCAAAAGAGUUGACAAUACGCUGUACUCUGUUUGGAGAGUAUGUGGAUGAAGUGCAUCGUUUCUUAGGUUCUGGCUAUAUGGAGCAGCCAGUUGUUGUGAUCCAACUUGCCAAAGUUAAAUUCUUUAGGGGACAAGUUGGUCUCCAAAAUGUUAUGCAUGCUACUCGGCUGUUCUUUAAUCUAGAUUUGUCUGAAAUAGUUGAUUUCAAAAAUAGUAUAAUUGACCAAGGUAUCAAUGGAACACAGUCAUUGUUUAUUGCUAAUGAGGGCAAGGGUGUUUCAUUGGAAGAUGAUUUUAUGCGGCUUACUAGAAGAUGCACUAUUAACGAACUUCAUGAUAACAACGAAGUUUAUUGGGAGGGGUCUUUUGUGGUUUUUGGUUUUGUGAGAUCUAUUGUGGAUGAGGGACCUUCGUGGUAUUCAGCUUGUAUUUGUGGGAAAUAUAGGAUCAAAAUAGCUGUUGAGGAUGACAAUGGACAUGGCGUAUUUGUGUUAUUCGAUCAUGAAGCUGCUUACUUAUUGAAAAAAUCAUGUGCUGAUCUGUUUGGAGAAGUUCAGAAGGAUGCAAAUCAAUUGGUGGGUAAAAAAUUGCUCCUUAAGAUAGAUACCAAGAGUGUUGGUACAGACAAGUAUUUUGAAACUUUCCGUGUGAGAAGAGUUUGUGAUGAUGCUGCUAUUAUUUCCAUGUUUGAGUUGCCUAACUAUGAUGCCAAUGAUGAGCGUACUCCAUUGAAGGAUGGUAAGUUGGGAAAGAUCCCUUCAAGUGAGGAUGAACAUAUUGUUGACAAGAGGGAGCCCUGUGAGGUGCUGGAUGAGACAAACUACAGGCCUUUGAUUGAUUUUCUUGGUGAAAAGGGUGCUAAAGUUCCUGGAUUGGAUGAUAUAAGUACUGAAAUUGAUAUUGUAAGAGAGGCAGGGAAAAGUGUUGGUGAUAGUGUACUUGUUGAUGGGAAGUGCAGUCUUGAAUUUUCCUCUAUUGUUUAUCGUAUAAAAGGCUUAUUUGUUCCUUUACUUGAAUUUUUCAAUGUGUCUUUUGCAUUUGUGCUGAGAAGUACCUUACAUGCUUGCGAAUAA